CGAUGCUACCGCGGAGAUGAGGAUCAGCUGUUAGAGGAAGUGAUGCAGGAAAAUGCCCAUAAUGUAGCUACAGUCAAUGACUAGAAGGGGGAAGCACAAAGAAAUUGGCUGCUGGAGUCCGGGCUGCUCUUCUAACUUCCUCCCGAGGAUAAACAAUAUUCUACAUGGAUUUUAAAGCACAUUCCGGUCAAAGGCUUCUGCCUCGUUUCUCUCCCCAACGCGGAGAAGGAUGUGAUAUCGAUGUGGAAGUUUAUUUUGGUUAGCUCGCAGCUAGUCGGCUAGCUAUCCGAGUUAACGCGACGAGUUUGGGUCAGUUCGCUCCUGCGCGUAAACGCUGCCUUCGGCCAACUUACUAACUACUUCAGUUUUCGCCCUGGCAUCCCCCGGAGUGAUGAACACCCGGCUCCAUACGGCACGAUCCCCCCCACGGCACUGCAGAUGUCAGAAGCACAACGAUGGAGCAGAGUAGGAGGACACUUUGAUCUGUGGCCGGUGCCAUCUGACGCACGUUCUGGUUUCAAUCAAGCUGAGCAAGACUUCCUGGCAGAUUUGGCACAGGCCUGAGGGUAUGUUGAGACGUCACACCAGACCAGAGCAGAGGCGUCUAGGUGGUUCGGACGGGGCCUGAAGGCGAGGAGGACAGACUGAGGAGGGACCCGGGAGGAAGACAUGGGCCAGUGCGUCACCAAGUGUAAGAAUCCAACGUCCUCACUCGGCAGUAAGAGUGGAGACAAGGAGAGCAGCUCCAAGUCCCACCACAAGAAAGGUAGCGGCGGUGGUGGGAGCCAUAAAGAGGAGCUCAGUGGCCCAUGUAGCAAAGCCACCAGCGAGCUGUCGAAUGGCACCAAGGCCUUGGAAGUUACAGUGGAGACGCCAGUCAUACCCGCACUGAUGGGCGAGCCGCGCAGGGACGAGUUCCUGGACGCAGACGGGCUGUCGUUGCUGCGCAUCGACGAGCUCUUCUGCUGCUACAAGGAUGAAUUGGACGAUGCCAUCUUGGAGGAAGGCAUGGAGAGGUUUUGCAAUGAUCUGUGCGUGGACCCGGCAGAAUAUCGUGUGCUUCUUCUCGCCUGGAAGUUUCAAGCGGCCACUAUGUGCAAGUUUACAAGGAAGGAGUUUGUCGACGGCUGCAAGGCCAUACAGGCGGACAGCCUCAAAGGAAUCUACUCGCGUUUCCCCUGCAUGUUGCUGGAUGCCAGAGGCGAGGAGAACUUCAAGGACCUUUAUCGCUUUACCUUCCAGUUUGGCUUGGACGCGGAGGAGGGCCAACGCUCUCUGCAGCGCGAAAUCGCCAUUGCGUUGUGGCGCCUGGUUUUCACGCAGGACACCCCCUCCAUCCUGGAGCGCUGGCUGGACUUCCUAGGGGAGAACACCCCAGGUAUUCGGGGCAUCUCCAGGGACACGUGGAACAUGUUCCUCAACUUCACCCAGGCGAUCGGGCCUGACCUGAGCAACUACAGCGAGGACGAGGCGUGGCCUAGUCUCUUCGACACCUUUGUGGAGUGGGAGUUGGAGCGCAGGAAAAAAGAGGAGGAACAGGCACUGAUGGCGAAGGAGGACGAGGGGACGUGUACUGAAACAGAGUCCUCUCCCUCAACAGAUAGACAUGAAACAGAGGAAAGCCGCGGCUCACAGACAUGGGGGGGCCACUGACCAGGAAACAAUAAAUAUUUGUAAGCGAGGGAAGGAAAUGACUUAUAAGUGAACUGUACAUCUGUGAAUCAUCGGAUAAAUAUUAGUAUUACCAUUACAGCUGUUCAUUUUGCUCUCUUUUCCGGUUGGGUUGGGAUUCCUUCUUCACACCUUUUUUGGGGGUUUUCUGAAAGGGCUCUAUGAACUGUUUUGUUUUAAGCACUUCUAUUUAAGUUAUUGUUUUUACUUUUUUUCUCCUCCCAUGUGUGUUUUAAGUAAAUGGACGUGGUUCAUUUUUAACCUACACCUACCUACCGUAACCCAGCACAGUAAGGUAAAGGCUUGGUUUAAAAAGCUGGCAAGAGAAAGCCAUAACCUCCUCCCACACAGAUUAUCUAGACACGUCGUUUAGACCUGGUAACACUGCUUAUAUAUACGAAUAGUUAAUAACAAGAAGGGAAAUUUGGGAAACCUAUACACAAGUAGUUUCUUGCCACCAAAAUCUGAGAUUUAUAAUGGGGGGGUCUGGGUGAAAUUGUCUGGACUGGACUGACGUAGUUAGUUUCUAUGCUUUUAAUUUGCGGUGCUGUGAGGAUGAAUUGUUUGCAAUUGUGUUGCCUUCACACCCGUUGGCCCGUAAUUACAUUGCAAACCGUAUCAGAUAAAGACGAUCUCACUAGGGCGAUUUACUUUUCAAACUAAAACAAAUCAUGUUUAUAUGCUUAAUCCAUGGAAGUUUCUACGAUAACCAUUUAAAACCCAAAUUCACUUCCACAGUAACCGACCAAUUUUUCCUGUGUUGAUUGUUUUUGAGUGCUUCUACUGCAGUGAGUGAGUGAGUUUGGCUUGUUUAAGCGGCUGGCUGUGCUUCUUUUUGACCUCUAGCAUCUACCAUUUGGAUGUCCAUCUAUUUUCAAGAAGCGGUCUAGCAUAUACACCACAAUGAUGCUGGCAUUUCUCAGAGGGUUGUUGUAACGAGACAAAUGGGCUAAAGCUAGGUCAUGGUCAUUUCUGGACAUGGGAUGCCUAACCUGUGUUGUAUUCAGGACCCUUACACUGGGCACCACACAAAGCAUGUAUUGUAUUGUUUACCUUCAUGAGCUCAAGAGUCCUUGAACUGCUAUAGAAGGAAAUAAAUAGUGCACACACUUUUCACAAGUAAUGAUGACUGCUGCUGGCGAUGGUUAUAAUGGAUUGCACAAAACCCAAUGGCAUAUUAAGUCGCUAUACUUGCAACACUUUGCAGAGAGAUUGAUGUCCACCACAUGAUUUCCAUUUUGAAGAUAUCCAAACUGUAGAUGAUCUUAAGUAGAGCCUUGGGGGUAUUGGGAUGAGUGAAUGAGUGGUGGUGAAUCAAGAGUCUGAGCUAUGGGUCCAGUAUGUAAAAGGGUUUCCAUAACCUGAUCUGUUUGGUUUACAUCGACAAUGGUUUUAUUUCAGCCCCCCCCUUUUUUGUCCUUUUUUUUUUUUUUUAUAUAUAUAAAAUGUAUUGAUUUAUAAUAAUAAAAACAGUGUUGAACUUUU